AAACACACAGAGACGUUUUGAUUUUGUGUAAUCAGGAUAGGAUGAAGACUAAGCCAGUAGUGGACUGGGACCCCCACUGUGGUCUGGGAUCUGUGUGUUCUGCUGUGGGGCAGCUGUGAUACAAACCUCACCUUACGCCUGUUCCUCUGGCUGAAACUGUAUCCCCCUGCAAAUGCAGCAUUUUCAAAAAGCACCCAGACUGUCAGGCACUGGAGGUGCCUGUAUGUUCUGGAGGUGGUAUUUCCUGAGAUGAGAGAGUUGUCAGGUACACCAACACUGUAAAUGGAGCAGGUGGACAAGGUAAAGAAAACGCCACCCAUGGUCCCCAGGCAGGCCAGUGGGACUGUACCUGCUGUUCCUCUGUCCUUUGUCAGAUGAAUGCUUUGCAUCUUCACACUGUUGUGAUAUCAUUAUUGAGUGAAUUUCUUUAAAGAAGGAAACCUUUAGGGUGGCAGGAGAGGUGGCAGAGGGAGCAGUGAGCGCUUUGCUGGCUGUGAGCUGUUUAAAAGGUCAGGGGUUCCUGUCGCUGUGCUGCCUGGUUGCUAAGCUGCUGUGGAUUUUUGUGCUCCUUUUCCUGGCAAAAGGGACCUUGUGAGGAGGUGCAAGGUUAUGGUAGUGCCUUUUUAGUAACCUCACCCACUUCUUUCUGCUUGCUGAGUGACUAAGGGAGAUGCUCUCAGGAGCACUCGUUUUGUUUCUGGGCUUCUCAAAAACAGCUGCUGAAGUAACUGAUAAAUUAUUUAUCCUGCCAAAUUAAACCUAAUGUUUUUACUUGGGGGAACAGAGUCACUGUUUAGUGAGCUGCCAGGGCACAUUGGGUAACUAAGGCCUUCUAAGGGAUCAGCAGAAUUUGUACCAUCUUCACCCCACUUGCAUCUUCUUUGAACUCACAGCAAAGCACAUUUACUUAGUGCUCAGGUGAAAAUUAUCUAGCAAAGUACAGAGCUGUUUCAAGAGAUUAUAUUUUAACCCUGCUUUCCUUUGUCUGUCUCAAGCAGCAGGAACUUUCAUAUGUUAUAAUAGCAGCCAAUGCUGCCAAGCUUUACAGUGGAGAAAAUAUGCAAAAAGAGUCUUAUCCUAUACCAGAAAGUUCAAGAAAAAGAUGCAACAUGAGAGCAAACUGGCAUUUGGGAAUGGGGAGGACAUAGUUGCUCAGAUAAAGUGUGCUUUCUUGCUGUUCAUCUUCAUUUGCAGAGUCCACAAUCUGUACUAUCCACCAUACAGAUAAUUAGAAAACAGCACCGGGGUGUAAGCAAAUGAAGUUUCCUAACCUCCGAAUGAAAUUGUCAGGUUGACAUAAUAAGAAGUGCUUUUAGACAUGUGCAGCAACAAGAAAGGUAAUUAUUUAACUCACCUAUUAGUUCAGUGGCUGUGAAAGGCACAGCACUCCUUGAAGCAAGUGUGGAGUCAAGGAAAUGAGGUUUGCACUAAUCUGCUAUAGGGAGGCUGGGUGGCCUUUUCCUGUUGGCCAGGCAUUUUUUAUAAUAUGGUUGUUUUCAGUUGCUUGUAACCUCAUUAAAUGUUUGCUGGCAGGGUUCUGGGAAAAUAACAGCAAGUAACCAUGUAACCAAAUAGCUAAUCUAUGUUUACUUAGCCUGAUAUGUCAUCAAAUCUUCCCAAGUACGUUAAUGUACAGCUAAAAAUGUGAACUAGGGUCUCAACCCUGAUCUGAAGCUUGCUUGAGAUGUAGGGCUAGAGGUCUAGGCUGAGGCCAUGCCACCCAGCUACUACUGUCUGUGCAUUAAAAUUAGUUAGGGCUCUGUAUUUGGCAAUUGUUGACUCUGAAAAUUUUUGUGUAUAUUUCUGCUUAUUAAAGGGUUACUGUUAUCCAUUCUGGCAUUCCUGGAAAUGGUUCCUCCACCCUAAAUAAUCAGAACUUGGGGAAAAAAACCCCCAACAACCUGCAUUCCUGUAGAAGGGGCAAUAAAAGACACUGCUCAGACCCAAAACAAGAAGCCUCUCCUUGCCAAGGCUCUGCAGAAGUGCUGCAGUCGUAUGUGUGAAUUACUCAGGAUCCCUCUGUGAUGGAUCAUGUGCUUAUGCAAACUCCACCUAACUAUAUUACUUGUGAUUGCCAGGAAACCCUUGAGCUAAAUAAGCUGAAGUUUAUGAGUGCCUUGUUAAUUCAUGGAUUCUUAUGGGCUGUUCAAUCAUCCAGGCAUUUGAACAUAACUUAUGGAACUUGCUGGUGAUGGCAAAAACAUGGACUGAAAUCCAGCACUGUGUGCUCCUGCACUGAGAAAAUCGGGGCACUUGAGGAGCCCUGCCAUUCGGUCACUGGUGCAGAAAGGACUGAGGGCGGUGGGUCCCACCAGCAAAGCACAGGACCCAGUGACUCACCUGGGGUCCAGUGGGUGUCAUUUGGCCUCCUGCAGCACCCAGUGUGUGUUUACAGACCAUUUUAUGGUCUGGAGGCAGGCAGUUUUGAUUUAAGUGGUUAGGAGAGGGAGACAGGCUAGCUCUCACCUUCUGUGAACCAGCCAUGCUCACAAAAUUAAGUUGUUGUGUCCUGCUGAUUACAGCUUUCAUCUGGGGUUUAGCUGGUGAGAAUAAGGAGGUGAUUUUGUUAUCACACCUGCUCUGGUGGUGGAGUAAAUAUUCCCUUCUCGUACAAAGGUGAAAACCGUAUCCUCUCAAAACUUUUGCACUAAAUUGUGUACAAGGAAGAAUAGCUAGUUUGAGUCGAGAUUGCAGGUGAAAACACGUUUCAGGCCAGGGACUGGUGUGAAUGGGGGAGCCCUGCUGGAGCUCAAUGAGUGACUUCUACAUGUAUGCAGUGACAUGCAAGGGGAAAGGGGAUUGUGUGCUAGGAUGCAAGUGCUCAGAACACUACCCAAAUGAUCAUGAAAACAUGAUAUCAGACACUGGCUCAAGUUCUGAUGGCCCUCCUGGUUCCAACAAAUCAUCAUUAACUGCAUGUGGAAGGAAUCGCUCCCUUUUGUGCAGUGGGCAGAGCUGAGGCAGGAUGUGGUGGCCAGGCGUUCAGGUUACAGCAGGUGCAGCGUGUCCUGACUCCCGCUCCGCCUGUUCUCUCCGCAGAUGGCCGCAGAGCCCCGUGCCGAGCAGCCCGGGCCGGCCGUGAGGGCCGUGAGGGCCGCGGGCCGCCGCUGAGGCGAGGCGGGGACGCCAUGGCCUCGGCGCGCCGGGCCCGCCGCGGCGGCCCGCCCGACGGCGGCUGGGGAUGGAUGAUUGUUGCUGGCUGCUUCCUGGUCACCAUCUGCACCAGGGCCGUGACAAGCCCCGCUUGGGAGUUUAAUCAGUAAUCACGUAUCCUGCCAAGUUGGUAUCAUGCUAGGAGGGCUGCUUGCAUCUACUGGACUCAUUUUGAGCUCAUUCGCCACCAGUCUGGAACAUCUCUACUUAUCCUUAGGAGUCCUCACAGGACUUGGGUUUGCACUUUGUUAUUCUCCAGCCAUUGCGAUGGUGGGCAAAUACUUCAACAAAAGGAAAGCACUGGCGUAUGGAAUAGCCAUGUCAGGAAGUGGAAUCGGUACCUUCAUCCUGGCCCCUGUGGUCCAGCUCUUAAUUGAGCAGUUUUCCUGGCGAGGAGCUUUGCUCAUCCUGGGAGGUUUUGUUUUAAACCUCUGUGUCUGUGGUGCCUUGAUGCGGCCUAUUUCUCUUAAGGAGGAUUGUAAAACUGCUCCUGAGUUUCUUGAACAGAAUUAUGUCUCUGAAACAGAGAAACAAGACUUAAAGCGAAUGUCCAUCUGUUCACCUUUAAUCAAAUUAUGGCCUCAUGAAUGUUUAUGCUACUGUUCAUGGAAGGAAUAUGACUUUUUGCUGAUGCCAGGCUUCAUGGUGCUGGCAGUUUCAAUUUUAUUUAUGGCAUAUGGCUGCAGCCCUCUUUUUGUCUACCUAGUGCCUUAUGCUUUGAGUGUUGGAGUGAGUCAUCACCAGGCUGCCUUCCUCAUGUCCAUACUCGGUGUCAUAGACAUCAUUGGUAAUAUCACCUUUGGAUGGCUCACAGACAGAAGGUGUCUGAAGAAGCAUCGGUACUUUUGCUACCUCUUUGCUGUGGGAAUGGAUGGCCUCUGCUGUCUUUUCCUGCCAGUUCUCCAAAGCUUCCCCUUGCUUGUGCCUUUCUCAUUUACCUUUGGCUACUUUGAUGGAGCCUAUGUGACACUGAUCCCUGUCAUGACAGCAGACGUAGUGGGAACUUCUUUGUUAUCAUCAGCACUGGGCGUUGUGUAUUUUCUUCAUGCCAUACCAUAUCUAGUGAGCCCACCUGUGGCAGGCUGGCUUGUGGACACAACUGGCAGCUACACUGCAUCAUUUCUCCUGUGUGGAUUUUCUAUGAUAUUUAGCUCAGCACUAUUGUGCUUUGCAAGACUAGCAAAGAAAAUCAAAAGAACACGUUUGCAGUCCCUCACUGGUAGCACGGCCUUGAAACAGCGCAUCUGGACAAACGGAGCAAUAGCUUAUUCUGUCACAGCAGAAUUAGACCAAAGGGAUGUUGAAGUUUUGGCUGUGGAUACAAACAGCUACAGCAACAGGUGACAAGUGCUGUGGAGACUGAGUACAGCACAACCUGAGACAGACGUGGCUCUGUGGUGUUACACUAUUGAAGAUACUUCUCCUGUGAAACAAGACAUCUCUCAUUUAGAUUUUUCUGUCAUGUUUUAGUUGGUCUAAAUCUACAUACUGCAACAGUAAUACCAAGUUAAUGCAGUAAUAGAAGAAAGCUAAACUGAAAAUGGAGUUUGUAGAUACAAGUGUUCACAGAUUUAUUUGAAAUGCAAUGUUGACUCCACAGGUAUCGGUCAGUCACCAAAACUGAACAGUAAUAUUUACAUUUAAAAAUAUUUAUCAAUCCUCAUGAAACUCUUUGCAAAUGAGUGUUUCAAAUGCCAAAGUCAUCUGUUUGUUUUGCCUUUUUUUUAAGAAAAUCUGGUAGGAAACUGAUCUGUGCUGAAAGUAUCUCUGGAGAACUUUAAUUUUUACAAUGUGCUUGAACUUUGUACAUACAUUGCAAUUUAAUUUCAAAUAUGGUUUUAGACCUGCUUUCCCAUGUGCUCUGUAGCAAAAUUUACUUUUUUUUUUUUUUUUUUUCUUCUGGGUACCUUUAAAAUUUGAAUUUCUAAACAUUGACAGUCUGGGUGUGAUCUUUCAGCUGAUCCUUGUCUUGGAGGGUGGAAAAUGUGCUGUGGUGGCUCUGCUGUCUGAAGAGGAGUAAAUUUGUGCCAUGGGACCAGGCAUGCUGAUAGCCAAAUGUGCUUUAACUGCAUUAGUUGGAAGAAGCCCAAAGGCAGCCCAAGAGAUUGGAGAAGCUCCUGUGUUUUCUGACACAGAGCCUCUUCCUCUUGUAAAAUCAGCUCCCUCCAAGGUGAGAGAUGGCUGAGAGAUUGCCCACCCCACAGGCUGAUAGUGGAGAGGAUGUUGGCAGAAUUGUUUCUGUGUAUUGCAGUGGCAAGCCUGGUUUUUUUUAACCUAGAAGCUGCACCUUCAGGUGGUGCCAAUUGCUCAUUUGUACCAUCUGAAAAGGUGUCAGGUCACUUUUCCUUGAUGGCCAGAACACAAGAGCUGUGACUUGCUGACAGUUUCCUGCUUCUUGUGUGAGGAAUAUACUCCAGCUGGCUGCUUCACAGGGAGUGACUGUAGCUCCUGGAGUAAGUUACUGAUGUGAUGGUCUAAUAAAUACUGUGAUUUUCUACAUUUCCAGAGUGAAAACAUUGUCAGCAAUGGAAAACUUCACAUUCCAUAAUAUUAAUUGUUUCAGUGUUUUGAUGCUGUAUCAAGCUGUAUUCUGUUCAUUAACAAAUUGAUCUGAGUACAAAUAAUUUUCGUUUACACUGAACUAGCAGUUUUGUUAGCCUGCAGUGUGUUCAAUGGCUGCUCAUGGUGUCCUUUUCCACUCUGUGCCUUGGAAGUAAAAGCAACAUAGACUGAUGUUCACCAAUUUGCUUAAGACCAAGAGUACAGCCACAGGAGUAUCAUGUAUUUACAUAUAUACACACACAUAUAUGUAUGAAUAGCAUGUAUAUCAAGUAGUUUUAUUAUCCAAGUGUAUUUCAAAUAUAACAUAUUAAAAUUGUUUGUGAUUAAAUGAA